UUUAACCAUGAGGUCCGCGUGUGUCUGCGGCGUUGCGUCGAUUGGGAGAGGCGAUUUUCAUUUCCAGCAGAGAGGGAGUAGCAGAUUGAGCCACAUUUCACGAGCAGUGGCCAACGAUUGGAGGCGUGGCCCGUAUGAGGAGGGCGCAUUGAAGCAGCCGAGGUACAGUGGCGACGAGCCCUUAUCCAGGCUUGUAAGUGGGCUCAUUUCCAUUGGGCCGCUCUUUGCUGCGAUGCAAUUCGCGGGCCGCCAGGUUUUCCUUCGGACUGCAGAGAAGAAGGGAAUUCCAUGGAGGAGUUUGUCCUCUCAAAUCCUUGGCUCGGAAGAAAUAAAAGCAGAGAAGGAGCUGGUUGAGAACAAGUCGAUCGUGUAUCCCGAGUAUUAUCUCCAGAAGUUCCAUGCUUAUACCAAAGGCAACCUUUGCUGGGAGGCAGCUUCCGAAGCUGAGGUAGCCACAAUGUCGAUGGUCAGGCGGGCGCUUCCAGCCGCAGAAACCACGGAAGAAGCGCUAGAAGUGCUCAGGGGAAACUGGAUAAGAGCACUUGAGAGCUACCAUAGCCAGAACUCGGUCCUCCCAGUCUCUCAAGUUUUAGACGUGGGAUGUUCGGUUGGUUUGAGCACAAUCUACCUUGCUGAAGCUUUUCCUUCUGCUCAAAUCACUGGGCUAGAUUUAUCCCCCUAUUUCCUUGCCGUUGCCCAGCACAAAGAGAAGCAGCGGAUUGCUGAUGGCAAGCUCCAAAGGAAUCCCAUCCGCUGGCAUCACGCAAAUGGCGAACACACAGGAUUUCCUUCAUGCACCUUCGACAUAGUGUCCAUUGCGUAUGUGAUCCACGAGUGUCCGGUCCAUGCGACUAAGGGACUUCUAAAAGAGGCAUAUAGGGUUCUCAAACCGGGAGGCACAAUUGCAAUCACAGACAAUUCACCGAAGUCUAAAAUUCUGCAAAGCCUGCCACCGGUGUUAUUUACACUUCAAAAGUCGACCGAGCCUUGGUUGGAUGACUACUAUGGCUUGGAUCUGGAAGAGGCAAUGCGCGAGGCGGGAUUCAUUAGCGUUUGCGCGAGAUUAACCGAUCCCAGGCACAGGACUGUCAAUGGGACUGUUCCACUUGCGGGUAAAGCUGAGGUUUAACUUACUGGAGCUGGAGCAUCACACAAAGGUUGCUCAAAACUUUGCAUAGUUGGCGUGCCUUGACAAGAUGAUCCAGCAGCAGGAAAAAGAAACCUUAUCUUUGUGAAGGACACUGAAGUACAAAGUUUGUCAAAGGUGCCAAGAGCGCUCUUGUUGGAUCUUCUCUUUUUUUCUCUUGAGGCUGCUUGUUGGAUCUUCACGAGUUUCGGAUUA